GUAUGCAUGAACACACUCUGCUUCACAAGCACAACCUGCAUUCACCCGCUCUCUCAUUCUGUCUUUCUUCUGCUCCUUUCUCUGCAUCUUGCUCAUCUCAUCCUUUAACACAACCAAGACAGUCUGCCUCUGUACAUUUGGCCAUCGCUAUUCCUUUUGUCUUGUCCAUUCACCUUGACUCUUGUAUCCCUUACUUGCUGAUUUUCUCUUGUGGCAAGAUGUCAACCAUUCUUGAUGUGGAACAGAGUACAUGCACUGGAGAUGCAGUGAGUUAGGUGGAUGCAGUGGGUGCGGUAUGACUAUGCUGAUCUUGAAGCUCAGACACAGUGGAGAGGCAAGGAGAAUAUGAUGUGUCACUAGUAGCCUCCUUCAAAACAUCAACAUGGAGUGUGUAUGAGCAUGACCUUGAGACUCCACAUGGUGUCUUGCAUGUGACCAUGAGGGGCACUCCCAAAGGAAACUGCCCUGUGAUACUGACCUACCACGACAUUGGACUCAACCAUAAAUCAUGCUUCAACACAUUAUUUAACUUUGAGGACAUGCAAGAGAUCACACAGCACUUUGCGGUAGUGCACAUCGAUGCCCCUGGCCAGCAAGAGGCAGCACCCCCCUUCCCUGCUGGGUACCAGUAUCCUGGUAUGGAGGAGCUUGCGGAGAUGCUUCCUUCAGUGCUGACUCAGCUGAAGGUGUACAGCGUGAUUGGUAUUGGCGUAGGAGCAGGAGCAUACAUCUUAACCCGCUUCGCACUCAACCAUCCAUCCCUGGUGGAGGGCUUGGUUCUAAUUAAUGUUAACCCAUGUGCUGAGGGCUGGAUUGACUGGGCUGCUUCUAAGCUCUCUGGAUGGACAAGCACCCUGGUGGACAUUGUUAUGGCUCAUCACUUCAGCACUGAGGAGCUCACAGAGAACAAGGAGCUGAUCCAGACCUACCGACUACACAUUGCUCAGGACAUCUGUCAGGAUAAUUUGUCCCUCUUCUGUGCCUCCUACAAUGCGCGCCGGGAUCUGGGAAUUGAGAGGCCUGUUGUUGGUCUUAAUGAAGACACAAUUAACACAUUACGAUGUCCUGCUCUGCUGGUGGUAGGAGACACUUCUCCUGCAGUAGAGGCUGUGGUUGAGUGCAACUCCAGGUUAAAUCCAACAAAAUCUACACUUUUGAAGAUGGCAGACUGUGGUGGCAUGCCUCAGGUUGUUCAGCCUGGCAAACUAGCUGAAGCUUUUAAGUACUUUGUCCAGGGGAUGGGAUACAUUCCCUAUGUUCUGCUCAGCCACUUGAGCAAUGAAUCAGUGCCAGCUGCUGGUAUGACCCGUCUUGCCCACUCUCAUACCACCUCCUCAUCCAGCAUCGCCUCCAUGGACAGUGACCACAUACGUAAUUUCAACAGCCUCAGCACAGGAGCUCUGGAAAAUCAGGCUCAACCACAGACCAUGGAAGUGUCCUGCUAAGCAGGACCCACUGUUUUGAGUCUCUGCCAUUUUGUGUCCACCCCUAAUUGAUUGUGUGUUGUGUCUAUGUUACUAUAAUGCUAAGGCAAAGGGAGGUGGUAAUGAAUUGUGAGAUACUGUAGGUGUGUAAACAUAUGUUAAUGUGUGUUAAUGACGCAAUAAUCCAAUACUCAGGAUCAGAUCAGCACCGAUACUUGUAUACAAAUACUUGCAAUUUGGAGGUGUUUUAUGCUUGAUACUGUAGUAGCACAGUAAUGCGUUGCAUCUCUAGUGUUGUGUGUAUAUAUAUGUGUAUGUAUAUAUGUACACUGCUCAAAAAAAUAAAGGGAACACUCAAAUAACACA